ACACUCGUCCAUCAAAGUCCAGAGAGGGAGAAGGUGUGUCCAGUCGGUUGUGGAAGUUUUUCACUUGACUUACCUGGAUUAAAGACUCUCGUCAAAAUGCCUCAAGGAUUUCCAGAAAUGAUCCGACUCUUCGUUAUGGUCUUUGGGAAUGCCAUGUAUUCCCACCUGGGCUUCCUGGAGGAUCUCACACUGUCUCCUGACCUCCGUGAAGUGAAGACACUGGAUGAGAGUGAUGUCAUCAUCGCUUUUGUUCCCAUUGUCUCUCGCGCUGGAACUGAUAUAGAAGCUGCUCUUAAGGAGAUCCCUGAAUCCCAGCCUGUUGUUCUAGUGGCUCUCCACCACACAGACGAUCCAGGAUUCGUGGCUCCGGACAGCAGACUGUGUGUAAACAGGAGUACCGUGUUUACUGUGGACUGUCUGUUUCAUGAAGACCGAGGUCUGCUGAGAUGCCACCGCAACGACGAGGCUGUAAAAGCAGUGAAGAAGCAUCUGGGAGUGGAGGAGGCUUACUUUGAAGAUCGUAUCCGCUUUUCCAAUCAUCCUUCAAAACUCAACAAGGUUACUCAGCAGGCUCUGCAGCAGUGUCGCAGGUUCCAGUGGGAGCUGCUGGUUCUGUUUACUGCGCUCAUCAUCCUGGCAGUGCUCACGUAUCCUCCUGAAGACGUGAUUCCCUGGAUGUUUGCCUUGGCGUGCUUCAGCCUUGUUUACACGCUCACUCCCUCAGAGUAUAUUCACUCCGUCUGGCAUGUAGUCUGGAUGCUGGUGUUUAUGGUGUUUCUCCUGAAGUGGUGCAGAUAUGAGGAGUGGAUUCCCAGGUAUUUAGACUGGAUUCCAGACCUCGUUUUUUCUGGGAGCGUCACCUUGACUGCCAUGAGAACAAGAAAACUCCCAAUGAUGUUUAAAUAAUUCACUAAUUCAGUAUUUUACUUAGACUAUGUUUAGACAGCAAGUAAAAAAGGCCCAAAUCUCAUAUUAUAUGUGUCAUUAUAUGUGACACAGUAGGCAUGUGCAGAUGGGGGGUGAAGGGGGCUGGAGCUCUUACUUCCCUUUUGUAAAAGUGCCCUUUUGUAUUUUUUUAUUUUUUUUGUAAAUGUAUGUGGGAAAGUCAUACCCGUUUUGGCCGGGAAACUAACGUAUUUUACCCCUCUUUGCAGCCGUCUUCACGUAUUAGUAUUUAUGACCGUAAAUUUCCCAUAUUAAAUUAAAUUUAAAAAAUGGUAUUAAUCAGGAGACUGCUUUGUUAAUGGGAAAGCUCUUAAUACCAAUCAUGGUGCCGGUUCUCGGAUAAAGUCCCGCCUUUCAGGAGAAACAGCCAAUCAGCUUGCUGGUUUUGCAGAGCGUAGAGGAGAGUUAGUGUGAGUGGGAAAGUACCCUUUUGACUUUGAGCACUUGCCCCUCCAAAGGCCUCUGCACGGCCCUGUGACACAGAUUUAUAUUUGUGAGGCAGUUUGAACGUCAAAAAUGUUACGUUUUUAAUCCGAUUAGGGCCACUUCAACAUGUGUUGAUAAAAAACAUAUAAAAGUUUUAAUAUCUGAUUCACAGCGACGCAGCCAGAACAGAAUUUGUUUGACUUUUAUGUCGAAUAGAAUUAAAAAAAGGAAAAAAGGCGGUGAGGAAGAGGGAAAAUGGACUACAGCUGCAAAUAAGGGUUUAAUUAUCAAGAAUUAGCAAGGAAAUGAGGGAACUUAUCAACAUUUGGACUGUCUCUGAGGCUUUAAAUCCAUUUCCAAAGCUCAGUUUAUUUUCAUUUCUACUAACCAUUUUACAAUAUUUUUUUUAGCUUUUUUCCUUUUACAAUAUAUUUUUCUGGCAGUUUAUUGUUAACUUUUGUACCAUUUCAAGGUUAUUCACUAAACUAAAAAAGCCUGGCAAAAAUAGCAUUAAAAAAAAAAAAAAAAACUUUU